AUGCUAUUUUCAUUUUUCACGAACUCAUUUACCGAAGAAUUCAAGUUUCAGAAACAUGAUAGGCAUUUGCAACUGAAUACGAGAUCUAAAACGAAUCUAAUACCAAAAAAACUGAAAAUCGAGAUAUUUCAGUCGAGUUUACAUCAAGAAGAAGACGAAGACGAAUUGCGAAAGCUUCUGCUUUCAGAUAUAGGGGAGCUUACUCUUUCUCCUCCCUCAGCUACACAAGUCAACUUCGUUUCUUACUUCAUCACAGAUUUUACUAAACCGGGUCAUGAUCACUACAUCUACCGUCACGCCAAUGGUUUGUGUGUGGUUGGAUUAGCUCCUACUCAUAUAGCUUUUAAGGACCAAGGUGGGAUCACUAACAUUGAUUUCAAUGUCGGUAAGUCUGAUCGUAGCGUCUUGAAAGUCUCUGGCAAGCGUAAAAAGAAUGCUAUGCGGUCUGAAUCGAAUACAGCAUUGUGCAAAGUCUCCACUGCUAUUGAUUCUUAUAUUGUCAGGUGUUGCGUUAAAGGUUCUCUCUUGGAGGUGAACGAGAGAUUAAUCAAGCAACCUCAGCUUCUUAAUUCAUCGGCUGAUCGAGAAGGAUAUAUUGCGAUAAUCAUGCCAAGACCUGCAGAUUGGACCAAAAACAAGGAAUCACUGAUCACCUUGGAGGAGUAUAAAGACAAGAAACAAGACGGUUUACUAGAACCGUGUCUACUCUGAAGCUGAUGGUUAGGCUUAAGUCAGAUUAGAACUUUUAUGUUCAACAGUAUUCAUAAAGCUGUUGUGCUUUUACCUGACAAGAAAACUUUGGUAGCAAAGAUCUUUUUGGUCUAGGAUGUUC